AUGGCAUCUCAAAGCAGCGCUACGUCGUCUGCAGCCGCGUUCCUCAACCGAGGCUCGACGCCGUCGUCGUCGUCGUCUUUCGCGGCUUCGGCUUCGGCGCGCAAGAUAAGCAAGCAUCCACGUCAAACAUCGUCGUCGCUGUAUACCGCCUUCUCUCCGAAACAGAUCCAGGGGUUCAAGGAAGCGUUCAACAUGAUCGAUGCCGACUCGGAUGGGUUGAUCACUACCAACGACGUCUGCACGAUGCUUUCGAACCUUGGCAUUGACGCUUCGGCCGACUCGCUCGAGGCGUACUUUGCAUCGUCGUCGUCGCACUCGCUCAACUUUACUCAGUUCUUGACCAUGUUUGGCGAACAUCUCGCAGAGUUGGACGAUCAAUCCGUCUUGAUCGACGCAUUCGAGUGUUUUGACGAGAAGGAUGUCGGCAAGAUCGAUGCCGACGAGCUGCGCUUUUGGCUCGCUCACGUAGGCGAUAAGAUGAGCGAGUCCGAGAUCGAUCGGUUGCUGUCCGGUCCAUUUAUGGACAAGACGGCCAAGUUUUUCGAUUACCACGCUUUCGUCGACGCCGUAAAGAUGUCAGAACCUCCCGAGCUAGAGUAA